AGUAGAGUAGAGUAGAGUAGAGUAGAGUAGAGUAGAGUAGAGUAGAGUAGAGUAGAGUAGAGUAGAGUAGAGUAGAGUAGAGUAGAGUAGAGUAGAAGAAAGAGAGGGAACGGUUUCCUUCCCUUCACUGCUCACUCCUCCUCGCUGAUUUUCACAUGGGAAAUAAGUAUAUUAUCUCCGCGCCUUUCUCCGUCUCCGCUUACUUCUCGUGUAAAAAUAGGCCUAUAAGAGACUGAAGAGAUACUUAUCGAGCAAAACAAGGGGGUGCAUUUCCGUUUGACGGGGGGGGGGCUAUGAUGGGAGAAUGAGGGGUGAGAAUUUAAAAGUAUAGCCCAUCACAACAUGGGUGGCGAAAUCCUAAAAAAGACCUCCAAACAGGUUAUUAUUAGGAGAAAAAACAUAAUAACCGGUUGAGUUGAAUUAAGUUAGUUGUAUUUUAUGCCAUUUGUUCAAAAUAACAUAUUUCCUGUCAAGGGGAGUCGGAUUGGAAUUAUAGUCCAAGGAAGUCCGGCUAGAAAAGAUUUACAGAAUGGGGUUCAAUCCAGUGCUUUUUUUACGAUUCGAUUAUCACAGAUAAAGAGAAGUACUAAUCACAGCAGUGUACUGAAGAGAGCUGACUACUUUUUACAGGAAAAUAUAACUCAAAUAAGAUGCAAUAUUUCGUCUUUAGUCUGCAUGUUACUUAUACCUACCCUAAACUAAGAAACUAAGAAGGUUUGGGAAGCCCCCCUACCCAAACUUUGUAAACUGGAGCGUAACGCCCUGAGGAGCCAACCUGUUGUAACGCUCCUUGCAGAACGACUAGCACGGUCCAUCGGCGGCAAGCCUGGGUUACAUUAUCAGAACAUCUCAGUCGAACACGAGGGCCUUAUGUUUUAAAUAAUUUGCAAUGACUUAAUGAUCGAAAUUUGAUAAAGCAAAUCGAAUCUGCCACUAAUGAUACCCGGUUACACUUUGUCGUAGAGAAGUUCGGUUCGCUACGUCUUCAGGAACUCUAUCGUGCUCUUCGACCAAUUUUGCGAAUUUUAUAAAGAGAAGUUAUUGGGAAAAAUGUCGAGUGAGAUAGAUUGCAAGCAGCUAAUGGUACGCAAAUGUGCAAAAAGCGUGAAAGCGAACCAUAUAUAUAAUAUUGUUUGUAUUUUACGCAUUCCAACGCGAUAUCGUCAACUCUUUCUACUCAAGAACAUGGGAACACUCAGGCACAGAAAUCAGAAUUCAAAAAUACAAAAAGUAAAUGCACUCCAAGGUUUCCACUCAAGUAAUCUCAUUGAAAACAUUUUUUGGCGACAUGUCAAGGUGAAAGUCAAAGGUCGCCUAAAGGUAGAUCGAGUCAAAGUGUCCAUCUGAUGUGAUUUGGUUGUUAGGUCGAAUGAAUGGAGCAUAGUAGCGCCACCUGCAGCUAUGUGUUGAUGUUCAGUCAGUGAACCCGUGAAUUUCGCGAGUCAACCUGUUUUGUGAUUGUUUGGCUUGUUUGUUUGAUUCUCACUCUAUGACACCAUAACCUACCAAUUCGCCUGAACGUACUUCGAGUUCAAAUAAGGUCGAUAAUCUAGGGUUGAAAAUUGGACAGUGAAAUUAUAGGAAAUGUCAUUCUCAGUCCCGGAAAAGAUGUCAUCUUGAUGAAGCGGGUAACUACAUGAGAAAACAUAAAAAUUGCAAAAGUGGAGUUCCCCAACCAGGCGCUCUGCCGGAGCGUCGUCCUGGUGACCGCACUCGCAUGUCUUGUUACCAAGGUAACGGGCGAGUGUAAGCCUUGUGCUCUGGAUGAUUGUGUGGACGCGACAGGGUGUCGCGGGGGUACUGCCAUGGACGAGUGUGGCUGCUGCCUCGUUUGCCUGAAAGUCGAAGGUGAGGCAUGCGGUGGCCUAGCGUACCACAUAGGCCACUGCGACAGUGGUCUGUACUGCAACAUAACUGGUCCAUAUCGCCCGGAUCCUAUCGGGAAAUGCGACCGUCUGCAAAGCGACGGGGCCAGCGGGAACAUUCGCGAUACGGUUCCCCACAGGGUACCCGAGAGGAAUAUCACGAUCCGUGUGACCAUCCCACCCUCUUUCGUCAAACCCAAGUUGACUUACAAAGCGGCUAGUACCAUGGUAACCACGGCUACUUCCAUGGUAACCGCACCUACCAGCAAGACAUCCUUAACAACAACCUUGCGACCUGCUCUAACCGCAAAGCAUAUAAAUAUUACCAAUAGAACUGCUAAUGUUGUUAAAAAGCUGAUUAAAAUUGGUCUACUGACCAAUGGGUCUACAACGCACGUGCAUCGAUUCCUCAAAGGACAGCGGAAUAACACAGGCGUUAACAAGAAAUACAUCUCCACGGAGAAGAGUACAGUGGACACCACGCCCGUGGUCAUAUUCCUAGUGGUCAGCAGUCUCAUCAUGAUAGGGGUCCUAGCAAUCGUAUUAAUCUUGGAAAAGAUCGCCAGCAAGUCACGUGAUACUGUACCCAAUGCCACGUGAUUCGACACUUUGUAUUGGACAAAAUUGCCAGAAAUGUCACGUGAUUCCUAUAUUUGCCUUGGACCAAAUCACACUUUUGUAAAUAACGAUAAUUAGUACGAGUAUUUUAUACAGAGCACAAAAGCAUCAACAGCUGAUUUGAAGCUGCUAUUAAAGUUAAAAACUUAAUUCUUUGGAUAAUUUGGUGAAAGAUAACGGCAUGCAGAAUUUAAAAACAAGUAUAUUGUCUCUCCUACUAUACAUUAAAGAGAAAAUUUCUUCGUUAUCCUAUGUCGCAAUUAGAAACAUGUGCACGCCGAACUGAGGUACAUCAACACCAUGCCAUUGGUUUUAGUGGCAGCUGUAUUCUAUUUUCAAACCCAACCUUUAACUUCAGGAGUUGCGGAGAAAACGGACACGAAGAUUAAAGGGGAGAUGUCACUAAAUCUUUACGGGCAGGGAACCGUUCCGUCCAUAAAGUCUCAGCUUGCGUCUCCUUCCGCUGACUAUUUUACAUAGAAAUCGUCUCCGCUUACUUCGAGGCAACAUUUUAACAUGUCUGUAAUUCCGUAGGGUAGCUUGCCAUCAACGGAAGGGAUUUCUAUAUGAUUAAAAUUGACAAAUAGCUCGCUGUCA